AUGCUCAAGGGUGGCCGUUUGGGAGGCCUUGUUGAAGGGGAGGGAGUUUUUGUUCACAGCAGAUUUCCUUGUAUGCAUUCCAUUUCUACUAUUCUUAACAGUAUACCUUUUCAACGCAAUCAAGCGAUGCAGCAAUCAGUUAUCUACGAUCGGGAAAUUUUUAGACACGAAAGAACUCCCCCAUACACAACCAACAUGUCUUCCUCUCGUGGAUCAUCUGUUGUUGUAGACGAUGAGAGCUUUCACGAUAGUCCUAUUACUCCUCAGAGUCCGAUUCCCGAAAAUGAGCUCAAGACUACAUCUUCUCUCAAAGGUCUACAAACGGAAGAGCAGCAACGUGUUCUUGAUACCGUUGCACAUUUGAGAAAGUGUGGCCUCGAGAAUACUCUGCCCCUUCCACAACUUGUCGUUUGUGGUGACCAAUCUGCUGGUAAAAGUUCGGUUCUCGAGGCGUUGACCGAGAUCCCUUUUCCGAGAAAUGACAAUCUGUGCACUCGUUUUGCAACUGAGAUUAGUCUCCGUAACGCUGACACGAAAACACUGACAAUCAAGAUUAUUCCGGAUGAUGAGCGGCCAUUUAAAGAGCAGGCCGCGAUCAAAGAGUUUGUGGAAAGCAUCACAGAUUUUGAUGACCUUCCUAGAAUCAUGGAUCUAGCCAUGGACGCUAUGGGCAUCAGUGCCAAACUCGACCCGAAUGCUCCACCACGGGCAUUUGCGAGAGAUGUCCUGAGCAUUGAGUUUUGUGGCCCAGAUUGUCCUCAGCUGACUUUGGUCGAUCUUCCGGGUUUGAUCGCCUCUGAAACUGUGGAAGCAACAGCUACCGAUGUUGAAACGGUCGCAGCCAUAACAGAGCAUUACAUAAAGCAGCCUCGAACAAUUUGCCUUGCUGUUGUCUCUGCAAAAAACGACAUUGCGAAUCAGCAAAUCUUGAAGAGAGUGAGGGCCCACGAUCCUCACGGAGAUCGCACUCUUGGUAUCAUCACCAAGCCAGAUACUCUUGAUAAAGGCUCUGGAAAUGAGAAAGCUUUCAUCAGCUUGGCGAAGAACGAGAAUGUUAGAUUUAGACUGGGUUGGCACGUGGUAAAGAACCGAAGAUACGAGGAGAGAGAUUUUUCUCUGAUGGAACGUAACAUGGCGGAAGAUUCUUGGUUUCGCGCCUCUAACUUCAAGACUUUGUCGAAAAAUCACAUCGGUAUUGAACGACUGCGUGGUCGUUUGGCCGCUCUGUUGUUCCAACACAUCAAGAAAGAACUCCCUCAGCUCCGCCGUGACCUUGAAACGCAACUUGUCACUGCAAGCGAACAACUCGGGUUGCUCGGUGAUGCUAGAUCUACACCUUCUGAGUGUCGAGCAUAUCUAGUGCAGCUCAGCACAGACGUCCAAAAAAUCUGCGCCGCUGCUGUUGAUGGACAUUAUGAAGGGCGAUACUUUCAAUGUGAAGUUAACUCCGAGUUCAAACUCGAUCAAAAAGCAGCUCUUCGUCGUAUGCGAGCUUGUGUUCAAACGAUGAACUCUCAAUUCACGGAAGUAGUGCGUAGAAAAGGUCACAAAUACCAGAUCGACGAUUCUGUAGGUGCACAAUCGACAAGAGGAACGAUAGAAGCAGAAGAAGCAGUUGAAGAAGGCAAGCCCGAAAGACUUACAAAGAAGGAGGGUCUGGAUUGGGUGAGGCAAGCACUCACUAGAACUCGUGGAAAGGAACUCCCAGGAAAUUACAACCCUUCACUGAUUUCAGAGCUAUACUGGGAGCAAUCCGUGAAGUGGGAAGAACUCGCCGCAGAACACAUUGAACGAGUGUCCGAUGUGUGCACCGAGUUCCUCAAGAACUUACUUCUAGAAAUGACCCCAAGAGACGUUGAAUCCCGCCUGUGGUCAUCCCGGAUCGAGGACGAGCUGAGAAAUCGCAAUGCUGCCGCAGCUCGAGAGUUGGAUAACUUGAUUGUAGACAACAUGAAUCAUCCAAUUAACUACAACCACUAUUACACCGAUACAAUCAAAAACCGCCAGCAAGAACGAGCAAACGCAGAACUCGAAAAAUGUUGUCAGGAUGCUUCGGCCAGUGUUGAGACAUCUGAAGGAGUGCAGCUAGGUCCUGUGAUCCAAAAAUUAAAGGAAAGUCUCUUCAAAAGCACCGAGAAGGAUAUGGAAGUCGUUUCAUGUGAAGCGGCUUUGGAUUGUGUCAUGGCAAUUUACAAGGUCCUUCAAAAGGUUUUCAUCGCAAACGUAACUACCCAAGUAGUUGAGCGUCACAUUGUUCGCGGAUUGGAACGCAUUUUCGACCCUGUUGCUGUCAACAAGAUGUCUGAUCAAGAUGUGGAGGCGAUUGCUAGCGAGCCAGGCCAGGCCAGACAGGAAAGAGCAUAUUUGGAGGACCAGAUUAAGAAGCUUGGGGAAGGCAAACGAAUCUUCCGAACAAUCAUGAGCGGUGCUACUACACUCUAG